AUGGCUUCUCUGAAUUUCGCCACAGUCAAUACGGGAGGGAUUUCUCGUAAAUUUGCCUCCUUGAGACAUUUUCUACACAUCGACCAAAUUCACAUCGCAGCAAUCACAGAGACACAAUCCAAACGACCCGUAAACAUCACAGGCUUCCACUCCUACAACAAACCCAGCCCCACAACCCGAGCCAAACACGGCGUCACACUUCUUGUCUCAACUUCACUCGCUUCAUCUCAACACAUCUUACCCCCCCAUCUUGACCACCUUCAAGCCGUUGCAGCCACCAUUCACAUUAACAAUUUAAACAUUCUGUUUAUUUGUUAUUACAAUCCUCCUCUCGAAACCGUCAGUACCCAACUCCUCGAUUACACUUCCACAUUCAGACACGCAGUCAUUCUCGGAGACUUCAACGCUCGACACACCGAUUUUGGUGACACAAUUUCAAACACAAACGGCAGACACCUCACACGCUCUCUCAACACUCUUCCUCUUUGUCGUCUUCGAAAUCAAUUUCCCACACUCAUCAAUCACGUUGGCACAUCGAUCGUAGACCACAUCAUUGUGACCGAUAAUCUCACACACAUCACAAACACAGACUCUUUCAUUGGCACCACAGUCACCUCCGAUCAUCUCCCUCUUGUCUCAAACUUCACACUUCAAGGCCCCCAACCGCGACCCACGCACAUCCCCAUUUUCGAUUUCAACAACACAAACUGGACCGACUUUCAAAAUUACAUCACAAACAACCUCCCACACAUUGACGACACACUUGACCCCAACACCAUUGACACACAAGUAACACAACUAACACAACUCAUCAAACAAGCUCAAACACUUUUUGUACCCAUCAAACACAUUCCAACAAAUCGCAAACCAUUGCCCCCUCAAAUCCUUGCCCUCAUCCGAGUCAAACGCCGAAUUUAUCGCGAAUUCGUGCAAACCAGAUCUCCAGUCCUCAAAACUGUCUUUAACCGUCUCAAUGCACAAAUAAGACGUGACAUCAACCAAUUUCGUCUUGCCCACUGGUCAAACAGUUGUAGCUCCCUCGAUUACCGAGACGGCAAAACCUCCCCCGACUUGACUACGACGCUGACCUCGACCCAGACCCCGACCCAGACUUUCCACCCGACAACCCGGACUUGACCGCUCCAACCACCAACGACGAGAUCAAAGCCCUCAUUAUCCGGCU